ACACUGACCCUAGACCUCAAGUCAUUCAUGAAAGGCGUCACAGGAAAUCGUCAAAUCCUAUUCUGUUAGGGAUGAAAUUUCAAAUGAUGUAAUGGCAGUAUUAAAGUUAGAUAAUAACAAAGUCGUCGGCCAAACUAGCUGGAAACCUUGCUCUCAGUCAGCGUGGGACCAGAGAUUUAGCAUCGACUUAGAAAAAUCCCGUGAUUUAGAAAUAGAUAUUUACUGGCGAGACUGGCGGUCGCUGUGUGCGGUUAAGUUCCUAAGGCUGGAAGAGUUCAUUGACGAUGUAAGACACGGCAUGGCACUCCAGCUAGAACCAAAGGGACUACUUUUUGCUGAGAUCAAAUUCCUAAACCCGAUGAUCUCUCGCAAGCCCAAACUACAGCGGCAGAAGAAGCUGUUCAUGCAGAAGGGGAAGGUGCCGAGACCGAACCAGAUGAACAUCAACGUGGCGGCGUGGGGGAGACUCAUCAAGAAUAUCCAGCCGAACCACGAGCCUGUCCAUCACUCGCUCUCUGGGGGCCACUCCAUCGCCACCUCUAGUUCGGCCACUCCUAUUACCCCUGGUCCUAGAGCUCUCCCCACCCGCUUAGAUUUCGACAACGAGAAGACGCCCGGGGAGGAACGCCACUGCCGCCCCCUGGCCAUAUCGGAGGUGCGGCCGCUCAACAUGGCAGUCAUAACGUCUUCCCCGGCUCCCCUGCAUCUGGAAUCCCCCACGGUGGCACCCCCGCCUCCUUCCAUCACCCACGGUGCCCCCACACAACUCCCGCCUGCGCCCGCACUCAUGGCCCCCACUCAUCACAUACCCACGUACCCCGCCCCACACGUCCCGGCCUACCACCACCCCGCCCCCGGUACACCGUCCACCCCCGCUCACCAUAGUGUCUUCCCCGUCACCCAGACACCCACCAUACACCCUGCUCACUCCAUCACUGUACAGGUAAGAUGAUGGCUGGCUGUCCUG